CAGAUUUUCGAACGGUGUUCCAUUGGUCUCUUCAUAGCUUACUCAUCUGGAAAUGGAACUAUCGAACAUUAUUUUGUCAAUUUUGUUGAUUCAUGCACUUCGUGGUUGCCGGUGUUUCCUGCGUAUACGGCGAACUCGCAGUUCAUUUUUUGCAUUAAAUAUUUUAUUUCUUUCCAGGUAGUAGGUGAAAGUAACCAAACCUGCUGUAUUCCACCUUCAUUGAUACACUGGUCGCUUUCAUUGCCAUUGUAUUCCUUGCUCUUCAUCAUGAGCUCCAUUGGCACAGGGUAUGAUCUCUCAGCAUCACAAUUCUCACCAGAUGGCAGAGUGUUCCAAGUAGAAUAUGCCCAGAAAGCUGUGGAAAACAGUGGCACUGUUAUAGGUCUGCGUGGCAAGGAUGGUGUUGUGUUUGCAGUUGAGAAGAUCAUCACAUCCAAACUGUUUGAGCAGUCAACCAACAAACGCAUCUUCACAGUGGAUCGCCACGUGGGAUUGGCGGUGGCCGGGCUGAUUGCCGACGCGCGCGCUCUCGCUGAGACGGCGCGCACUGAGGCGUCCAACUACCGGGCCGACUACAGCGCGCCGAUCCCGGUCCGCCACCUGGCCGACCGGCUCGGCAUGUACCUGCAUGCCUACACUCUGUACUCGUUCGUGCGCCCGUUCGGAUGCAGCGUUAUGAUGGCCGCCUACGGCGAGGACGGGCCCGAACUCUUCAUGGCGGACCCCUCGGGCGUGCAUUUCGGCUACUACGGCUGCUCCAUCGGCAAGGCGCGCCAGUCGGCCAAGACCGAAAUCGAAAAGCUCAAAACCUCAGAGCUGACCUGCGCCGAAUUGAUCAAGGAAGCUGCCAAAAUUAUCUACGUCAUUCACGACGAGGUCAAGGACAAGGAGUUCGAGCUGGAGCUGAGCUGGGUGGGCGAGCACACUGGCGGUCGCCACCAGCUCGUGCCCAAGGACGUGCACGAGGCCGCCGAGCGGUACGCCAAGGCAGCGCUGGAGGAGGACUCGGACUCGGACGAGGCCAUGUGAUCUCCCCACGGCCUCUCCCCGAGCGGUGCGUGUUUCUGACACGGUCGGUGCGUGUUUCUGAUGCGGUCGGCGGGUGCCUCGGAAGCCGGCUGUCCGCUGAGGCCGACCGGGACAAGAUAAACGGUCCGGCCGCACUGCUGCCGACAGGGGCGGCACACUGUCUCUUGUGUUUUGUCGCUGCUACUCUCGUAUUGCCGGUUCGAUAAUAUAAUUAAAAGAGAU